AUGGGUAAUCCUACUGUUGAUGAAACGAACACAAGUAAAACUACAGAAUCGCUUUUCACUAACAAGGAUCCAAAGUUAGCAGAACUCUUUCCGGAAGAGCUAAUCGGUUGGCAUGGGUAUGUUGAAUGGGAUAAGUAUCCUGAGCGUUGUCAAAAAGCGCAUGAAAUUCUGACAACGUACAAGAGUAAAUUCACGCACAUUCCAGAGUUUCAAUUCGAACCAUUACCUGCUACGAAUCCAAUUCUCAUUGGUCAUCGUUGGAAAGAGUAUCAUGCAGUGCUUGGUCCUUAUCUCAAAGAUAUACCGGCUGAAUCAUGGGCAAUUGUGCAACGAGAGAAGGCAGCUGACAUGAUUCAUGUGCUCGAUUUUCCAUAUAACGGCGAGCCACCUCGUAAUAAACUCAUGCAAAACAAAAUGACUCCAAACGAGUAUCAUUUUGUACGAAAUCAUGGUGGUAUUCCUACUAUUGACAAAACGGCAUUUACAUUAACUAUUGGAGGACUGGUCAACAAACCACAGAUAUUGACGUUAGCUGAUCUACAAGAUCCCAAGAAGUUCGAACCUGUUGAAGUAACGGUCACUCUUCAAUGUUCUGGAACACGUCGUAUCGAACAAAUUCAUGAAUAUCCUGGAGAAGGUGAUGAACUGAUCAAUGCUCCAUGGGGCGAAGGUGCCAUUGGUACAGCUCGCUAUCGAGGUGUAUCCCUUAAAAAGGUCCUCAAUGUUCCACGUCGAAAAGUAGAAGCUCUCAAUGAGGUGUUACUUGUCUGGGAAAUGAAUGGUGAACCAUUACCAGCUAUUCAUGGAGCACCACUUCGAGUGGUGGUCACAGGUUUUAUUGGAGCAAGAUCAUGUAAAUGGGUAUUAAGAGUCAAUGUUCUCAACGAACCAUCACGCGGUCCUGUACAACAACAAGAAUAUCUUUAUUAUGGACCACAGAUUGGAAAGCAGAACGCUCUCUUUUCCAAUGGAUUUUCUAUUCAAGAGAUGCCUGUAGGUUCGGCAAUCAUGACUCCAAAUGACAAACAAGUGGUGGUGCAUCAGGGCAAGAUUGAAAUGACUGGAUGGGCUUAUUCAGGUGGAGGUAGAUGGAUAGAAAGAGUUGAUGUUUCAGCUGAUGGAGGACAUACCUGGCUUCAAUGUGAUCCAGAUGAUAUGACGGAAAAGCAUUAUCACGCAUGGAGAUUAUGGAAGAUCACACUGCCUGUGCUCGCCGAAGGUUGGCUCGAGUUGGUUGUUCGAGCGUUUGAUAAUGCAUGCAACACACAACCUACUUAUGUACGCAGCGUUUGGAACUGGGACUUACAUGUAACAAGUUCAGCGCACCGCAUUAAAAUCUAUUCCGUCAAUGCAUCGAAUCCGGCAACUGCCAAACGAUUACGUCAAAUUGAAGAAAACGGCGAUUCAUUAGAACCUAUUACACGUCCUCUUAUGUUUCGUAUUGAGAGCGAGGAGCAUUAUGACAAGAACGUCAAGAAACAUAAACGAGAACCAGAAGAAUAA